UUCUCUCCUUGCACCUUCUAUAUAAUCUAAAAAAGCAUAAAUUCGCGUAAAACAACCAAACAACACCAUUAUUUAGAAUAAUAUUAAUUCACUGUCAGCUUUUAAAAUACGUAAAUAUAAAGCAAAUCUUUCUCCUUAUUAAUUAUUUUUUAAAAUUUAGGGUUAAGUCUGAGGGUAUUUAAGCAAAAUGGGUUUUUUAAGUUCAACCACCCUUUUCAUUUUCUUGACUGCACUAGUGCAGCACUCUUGUCCCAAAUCAAUAAAACUUCUAAAUAAAGCUACAACAUUAGUAGGCAGAAUGGCAGUACGAGCAGAGACACCCCUAGUACAUUCAUGCGACGAUCUGGUAUUUUGUCAAGGAACCCUUUUAGAUACCGUCCAGAAGCAUAAGUUAUACUCCGAUUCGAAAACCUUUGUGGAUAUGACUCAGAAGAAUGAUCCUAACGUCACCCUAGCAAACUUUGAAAAAAUGAUGACGGAUAAACUGAAUAGUCCCACGAAAAGUGAUGUGCAAACAUUCGUUCAGGAAAAUUUCGAGUUUGUCAAUGAAACCGAAAAUUGGACACCCUCAGACUUCGUCGCGUCCCCGUUGUUUCUGACCAAUAUCCUGGAUGCAGAUGUGAAAACAUUUGCCAAGAAUUUGGUGUCGUUGUGGCCUUUGUUAGGCAGAAAAGUGACGGAUUCCGUGAAGCAAUAUCCGAAUAGGCAUUCCCUUAUUCCUGUGAACGAGGGGUUUAUUGUUCCCGGAGGACGGUUUCGGGAGAUCUACUAUUGGGAUUCUUAUUGGAUUAUCAAAGGUUUGCUCAUUAGCGAAAUGCAUCAAACUGUCAAAGGCAUGCUCAAUAAUUUUAUUUACUUCAUCCAAAAGUACGGAUUUAUUCCCAAUGGUUCCCGGGUAUAUUACGUAAAUCGCUCACACCCUCCACUUUUUACACUUAUGGUUGGUCUUUAUCUCCAAUAUACCGAUGACUUGGAAUGGGUUACACAAAAUAUUGCGCAUAUUGAAAAAGAGUUGCAAUUUUGGCUGGAUCAGCGAACCCUAGAUAUCGUUAAAGACGGCAUGUCUUAUAAACUAAGUCAUUAUGGAACAUCAAGCAAUACACCUAGACCAGAAUCUUAUGCUGAGGACUUGGAAACGUGCUCCUAUUGUAAAACCGAUGCAGAAAAGAACGAGUGCUAUAAUGCGCUGAAAACAGCCGCUGAAACAGGUUGGGACUUCUCCACUCGCUGGAUUUUUGACCUUGAAGGAAAUCCAAGUGCCAACUUAUCCUUAAUCGAUAGCAAAAGGGUUAUUCCAGUUGAUUUAAACGCUUUACUCUGCAAAUCUUUUCGACUUCUAUCGCAAUUUUACGAUAGAGCAGGCAACGAAACCAAAAAAGCCCAAUGGGCAUCCCAAGCCGAUACUUGGCAAAACAACAUUGAGAUGUUCCUUUACAACGAACAGGAUGGCAUCUGGUACGAUUACGAUUUUAAUUUGAACAGGCAAAGAAAGUACUUUUACGCGAGUAAUUUCGCGCCGUUAUGGUGCGACUGUUACGACUUAACCAAGAAAAACGAACACGGUCAGAAGGCGGUCGAUUAUUUUAAUAAGGUUGGACUGUCAAGUUUUAAGGGAGGCAUUCCUGCUUCGUUGGAUCAGAGUGGAGAGCAGUGGGAUUUGCCUAAUGCUUGGCCACCUUUACAGGAAUUUGUUGUUUUAGGUCUGGAUAAAACAGGCAACACCGAAGCUGUAAAACUAGCCAGAGAACUAGGCAAGCGCUGGAUAGAAGCGAAUAUGAAAGGAUUCGAACAAACCGGUGCUAUGUAUGAAAAAUACGACGCGAUUAAUUUAGGACAGUACGGAGGAGGAGGCGAGUAUGAGGUGCAACUAGGUUUCGGAUGGAGUAAUGGAGUUGCUUUGAGUUUUAUUGACAAAUACGGAUCCGGUACUAGUACAGCAUUAAGGGCUUUUACAAAUGUAUAUUUAUAUUUUGUAAUUUUUUUUAUUGGUACCUUUUGUGCAAAUAAUUAAUAUUAAAUAAGUGAAAAUUUACUAUAUAA